AUGUCUAUUCCGCUCGUGCAAGAGCCGUUGGGCAGGCCAGCCCCUUACAUUGUUCGGCAGCAUGAAGGGGAGAAAAUGGUUAUUCCCGGAUCCAAAAGUGUCAUUCGCAUUCUUGCAUCUGCAAAGGAGACCGACCAGCUGAUGUCAGUUUUCCAUAUGGAUGGUACUACUGGAGAUCCAGCUGGGUUUCAUUACCACAACGAAGCGCACGACAUAUUCAUGUGCACUAAAGGCCAGAUGAAGUUGUGGGUAGAAGACAAGUGCCGGAUCCUGAGUGCAGGAGAUUUUGCAUCGGUACCUCCCAAAGUCGUUCAUUGUCCUCAACUGAUAGGUCCUAUCAAUGAAACAGUAGGACUUGUCACUCCAGGGCAAUGGGUCGAUUUUUUUCGAUUCAUCAGCGAGGACUAUAAUGGGGUUUUCAACGAUGAAUUUGACCAUCGAAAUCCGAUGGCUACUCUCUUCCCAAAGCUCCAAGAAGUCAAAGAGAAAAAUAAUGUGGUCUUUACACCAAACCAUGUCCCUGCAGCAGUGGGAGAGUGGACCUCAGACGACUCGAAACUUCCAUCUGGCGUCGAAACAUACUUUUUGAGGACAAAUACAGGUGGCUUGUUUGCGGUUUCGAGCAUCGAAUCCAGUAGCAAAUUCCCGGCCUCAUUGCUGCAACGACCCUUUCGCUUCUCCAAAGUCCACCAGGUGUCCCACGUUCUUGAUGGCCCACUGUCCAUUCACCUCGGUGGGAAGUCAAACCUGGUUCACGCGGGAGAGACGGUCUUUCUUCCGGCCGGGAUAACUAUGGCUAUUGAAUUCAAGGACGUCUAUGUUCGAUUUUGGUCAUUUGCCAGCGGGAACGGUCUGGAAACUCUGGUCAGUCAAGCCGGUCGCGAGUUUGAGGGAUUUUCAGUUCCAGAUAGGCCGGAAGAGGUCAAGGACGAUUUAGCGGCUGAAGCGGCCCGUGAUAUUGGUAUGGAAUUUGGAAUCUAG